AUGCACGAGUUGAGCCUCUACGGCCAGGUCACCUUUGCGCGCUAUGAGCAGGUGCUGAACAUUCUGGCUGGGGUUGCUGCCAUGCAGCCCCAACGUGUUUUCGAGCGCAACAUUAUCUACAAGCCUACGCGCGAGUCGGAGGAGCCCGGCUCGAAUCUUGGCCGUCGCGGCGGCACCCAGACUGUCGCGCAGAAGCAGGCCAAACAAGCUGCUCCUGUUGUUCUCUACCAUACCCGCCUGGUCCAGAAGCUGUCUGAAGACGACUUUGCAGCUGAAGACGCCCUGCCCGAGGAGAGCACAAAGACCUUGUCUGCUGACGUACAAGACGGAGAGGAGCCAGCAUGGUCGUUUGUCUUCCGAGACGUACCAGAUACUGGGGACAGAGGUGUCUCAAUCCGCUUCACCAACACCACUGACUUGCUGUCUGGCGACCCACAUGCUUUCAUGAUCGCCUCAGGGCCCAAUCAGUUCGUGACUGAAUUCUACGUCGAAGGCUACCGUUUUGUGCACGGCAAUGUCGUUAUAUUUCUCUACCGCAUCCUCCACGAGCCCGGUAUACGUAAUGUCCAGAAGGCCCCCAAGACCACACUACCGACAUGGAACGGGCUGAAGCUGCUUGAUCCAAGUGGUGUUUACACGCUCCAGGCUACUGUCCGCAUCGAAGACUUCAACAACGCAGCUGUACUAGAGGCAGGUGUGAAUGAGUUGAAGAGAUUCCAGACGCAAAUGAAGGGCUGUGUGAACCUGGCUUUGCCAGAUCGACUUGCACUGGAUCCCCGCGUCAAGUACAAAGCUCCGACAGCCCCUGCCACCCAAGCGCGACCUCGAUGA